AUGACGACAAAUGGGAAAGAUGUUAAUGAUGGAAAUAGUGAUAUGUAUGUUAAAUUGAUUUCAUCCGAUGGGCAUGAAUUUUAUAUUAAACGUGAAUUAGCUCUUACUUCUCAAACAAUUAAAGCGAUGUUAAGCGGACCUGGACAAUAUGCUGAAAAUGAAACAAAUGUGAUUCAUUUCCGAAGUAUUAGUUCACAGGUUCUAGCACGUAUUUGUUCAUAUUUUGCUUAUAAAGCUCGAUAUUCCAACUCAACUAUUGAAAUACCUGAAUUUCCCAUUGCACCGGAAAAUGCUCUCGAGAUACUUAUGGCAGCCAAUUUUCUUGAUUGUUAA